GGGUGGAGCGCGCACGCUGACAGAGCGCGCGGCCUGCACCGAGACAGCAGGGGGAGGACACAGGUAAGAUAGUGCCAUGGACAGGUAACAGAAAUUCGGCUACGUUUCUGCAGUAGGCUGACAUCGCCAGAAUGACGGAGUGCUUUCUGCCCCCCACCAGCAGCCCAAGUGAGCAUCGCCGGGCUGAACAUGGUGGGGGACUAGCUCGCACCCCUAGCUCAGAAGAAAUUAGCCCCACCAAGUUUCCUGGUUUAUACCGUACUGGGGAACCUUCUCCUCCUCAUGACAUUCUUCAUGAGCCUCCAGAUAUAGCUUCUGAUGACGAGAAAGAACAUGGAAAAAAGAAAGGAAAGUUCAAAAAGAAGGAGAAAAGAACUGAAGGCUAUGCUGCCUUCCAAGAGGACAGUUCUGGUGAUGAAGCAGAAAGCCCGUCCAAAAUGAAGAGGUCUAAGGGAAUCAAUGUGUUUAAAAAACCCAGCUUUUCCAAGAAAAAAGAAAAAGAUUUUAAAAUUAAAGAGAAACCAAAAGAAGAAAAGCACAAGGAAGACAAGCACAAAGAAAAGAAGUCCAAGGACUUAACAGCUGCUGAUGUUGUUAAGCAGUGGAAGGAGAAGAAGAAAAAAAAGAAACCCACCCCUGAGCCUGAGCCUCCCCCUGUGGAUGUACCCAGCCUGAGGCCGGUGUUUGGCAUCCCACUGUCAGCAGCGGCAGAAAGGACCAUGAUAUGUGAUGGAAUCAGGCUGCCUGCAGUAUUCCGCGAGUGCAUUGACUUCAUAGAACGUCAUGGAAUGAAAUGCGAAGGCAUCUACAGAGUAUCAGGAAUAAAGUCAAAAGUUGAUGAAUUAAAAGCAGCUUAUGACAGAGAGGAGUCUCCUAACCUCGAUGACUAUGAGCCUUACACAGUAGCCAGCUUACUGAAGCAAUACUUGCGUGAACUACCUGAGAAUGUGCUGACCAAAGAUCUGUUGCCACGUUUUGAAGAUGCCUGUGGCAAGAGCACUGAAAUGGAAAGGUUGCAGGAGUGUCAGCGCCUGUUGAAGGAGCUGCCAGAAUGCAACUUCUGCUUAAUUUCUUGGCUGAUUGUACAUAUGGACCAUGUCAUAGAGAAGGAACUUGAAACCAAAAUGAACAUACAGAAUAUUUCUAUUGUGCUCAGCCCUACAGUUCAGAUUAGUAAUCGUGUCCUAUAUGUGUUUUUCACGCACGUCCAAGAACUUUUUGGAGGCAUUCAAAUAAAACAAGUAAUAAAACCUCUACGGUGGUCAAACAUGGCUACCAUGCCUGCACUGCCUGAUACACAGGAAACUAUAAAGGAGGAAAUUCGAAGACAGGAAUUUCUAUUGAACUGCCUACACCGUGAUCUUCAAGCAGGAAUCAAGGACCUGUCCAAAGAAGAGAGGCUUUGGGAAGUACAGAGGAUUCUUACAGCUCUUAAAAGAAAACUGCGAGAAGCCAAGAGGCAGGAUUGUGAAACUAAAAUUGCACAAGAAAUUGCUAGUCUUUCAAAGGAGGAUGUUUCAAAAGAAGAAAUGAAUGAGAAUGAAGAAGAAGUCCUUAAUAUACUACUGGCACAGGAAAAUGAGAUCCUAACUGAACAGGAAGAACUUGUAGCAAUGGAGCAAUUCCUACGGCGACAAAUAGCUACAGAAAAAGAAGAAAUAGAUCGCCUCAGAGCUGAAAUCUCAGAGAUUCAAAGCCGCCAGCAGCAUGGCCGAAGUGAAACUGAAGAAUAUUCCUCUGAAAGUGAGAGUGAAAGUGAAGAUGAAGAGGAACUUCAGAUUAUUUUAGAAGAUUUGCAAAGGCAGAAUGAAGAAUUGGAGAUAAAGAACAACCAUUUGAAUCAAGCCAUUCAUGAAGAAAGAGAGGCGAUCAUUGAACUACGAGUGCAACUUCGGCUAUUGCAGAUGCAACGUGUCCAAUCUGAGCAGCUGCUGGAGGAUGAGGAGCCAGGGAAACUGGUUACCAAGUCACAGCUGCAGAGAGAUGCUGUGUCUGAGACAAAAGCACAGAAGGAUCAGCCCAAGGCAACGAAGGAGCAAGUGAGACCGUCUCCAAUUAAAGACUGGAAGGAAACACUCAUUUGAGAAUGCAAUACAUAUAAAGACAUUUCCCUACUAAUCCCUCCAGUCCAUUGCUGUGAUUUGCAAACUCACGUCCUCCAAAUGAAAGACUUUUAAUUAUUACAUUGGGUUCUGGCUAUGUGGGGCUCAGGUUAUUGUGAAAGAAAAUAUAACAACAAAAAUAUAGUAAAUAAAAUAAAGUUAGGAAAGUACUUGGAGGAGGGGAGAUAGAAGUAAAAAACUUUAGCUAGUGAGGCGUAUGGUUAUAGAGCAAUGUGGUUAUGAAAAUAAAAUUGCUUUGUUUUUACAAUA